GAGUUGUAAAUUCAGAAAUUUGCUGCUAGCUUCAAAGCUUCGCAUGCGUAAAAUUUGAAUAUUACCUAUAGCCUAUAUGUGUUGGAUUACACCUAUACAAGUGUUGGGUCUAGCAUAGUUUAGUACCACAAGUGUUCUGGUUUGGAAAUGAAAGGAUUCUCUAUUUUGGUUGUUAUUUGUUUAUUGUUGAUCUCAGAAGCUUGUGGAGCGCAAGAUUUCAAGAUUUGUGAAAAUAUUAAAAGAACGCAAAUAACAGAACCUGAAAAAUGCUGGAAACAAAGAUCAGAAAACUUGAAACAUGCAAUACACUCUGUACAAAUUUCAAUCGAUUGUUCUGGAUGUGAAGUAUUACAUGGAACCACAGAACAAGAUGUUAAAAACUCUCAGUCCACAUGGAAUAAAUUUUUAUCGGCUUUAUUAUCUGCAUUUACUGCCUCGUCAGCUAACAAAAAUGUGGAAGUUCAGACACUUAGAUUUUCUCCAUUUGUUGAUAAAUACAUUACUAUUAAGCCACAGACAAAUGCAACAUUACGCAUGACAGUUGAAACAAUUUUAGACAUGUCAUGUAUGGCUUGCUUGGUAUCUGGUGUUUUCUUGUUCUUCUCUGCUCCAAGCCUGUCAAGUUCUGUGAAGUUUUAUUACACUGGUGGAGUUGGGAUCGGUGUUCUGGCUUCUGUGUUGAUUGUUGUAUUUAUUCUGAGUAGAUUCAUACCUAAGAAACCUGCAGCUUAUACAAUACUUCUCGGUGGUUGGAGUUUGACAGCUUUUAUUAUGAGAAAACUUUAUGAAAAUUGGCAAUUAUAUCUAUUACAAUAUCAGACUUAUUUCUUGGCAUAUAUCGCUAUUGCUGGCUUCCUAAGUUUUGCACUAUGCUAUUGGAAAGGGCCGGUAGAAGAUCCAAGAAGUCAACGUAUUAUACAAUGGGCAAUCCAGUCAAUAGGACUAACUCUUCUAUACUGUGGCACACAAUCUCAUGCGGUAUCCUCGACAAUUGUAUCAUGUGUACUUUUAGGAAGUUUAUUGAAAAAUAAACCAAAUUUUCAAAUCCUUUCCAGCCUGAAGUCAUUUGGGACACGAUUUAAAUGGAGACACAAACUAGAGCAACAUAAGUUAUUGACCGAGGAGGAAUACAGAGUACAAGGAGAACUUGAAACAAAGAAAGCUCUUGAAGAAUUAAGAAAAUACUGUGACAGUCCACAAUGGUCUCCUCAUCGUUGGAAAACUAUGGCAAGAAUGAAAUCACCUGCCAAGUUUGCAAGUUUUCUUGAUGGAGAGGACCAUGUAUCUGAUUCAGAAAUGACAUUACAUGAUGCCGAAUUAUCAGAUAUGGAAUCUGAGGAGGAUUUGAGCUUAAUAACUGAUGAUGAAGAGGGAAAUGGUGAUGUAAGACAUAGAGGUGAUAAUCAUAUAGUCACUGUAUACAAACGCAUGGAGGUUCAACCAGAAAUAUCAGAAGACGAGGAUUGAUGCUUUUGGGAAUAUUAAGAGCUGCUUUGCAAAAUGAAAUUCUACUGUGAUUGAAUUGAAUAUCUUUUUCACUUUCAUGUGUGCUUAUACCUGAUUACAAUCAGUGACAAGCUCAGUUGAGUGAAUUUAAACUCUAUAAUUCAUAUCUGAUUUAUCGAAAAAUGAUUUUCCAAAUAGCAUCAAGCUUAAUUUGUUCUAAACUUGUUCAUAUAUUUCAACAAAUCUUACCUUGGGGGUCCCAUGUUCUAUUUCUGGCGCUCCAUAUGAAGGUAACUAAUUUUGUUCGCAUACUUUACAUCAAGUUGUGUAUAAGGAUGGAAGCCUAUGGGGCAGGAGGUAUAUUCACUUUGCUAACAUAGGCAGUCCCUGAACUUGUUAUACAACUAAAUUAUAGAAAAUCGGAAUGAAAUUAUGGCCUUACCUUAACCUGGUACACACACUGCAGGAGUACCCUAUUUUUGAAUGAAAAUUUUUGGGCAAUGGCGAACACCAUUUCAUAAUCACAGAACCAACAACUUAUAGUGAAAUAUGAUCCUACAAAGUCGUGCGUUUGUAUUACCUUGUUGUCAUAUUCAAUAAAGUUACCGAAAAUAUAACCAUUUACUGAAAUAUUUUGUUUUCAAUAUUUUUUAUAGUCAUGAUACAGCAAAACAAUUAUCACUGUAAAGCUACUGCUUACUAAAUUUUCUAUUUUUGAUACAUUUAUCCUGGCAAAACUAUCUGUGUAUGCGUGAUUACCCAAAAGUUCAAUCAAGUUUUAUUUAAUUAGCUAAAAUUCUUUGAAACGAUUUUUCUCCGAAAUUUAAUUGCCGAAUUUGAAAUGCUGCCAAUAGCCAUCCUCAUUCCUUCUACCCUGUUGUAAUUUCCAAAUAUAAUUCUCAGGUUAGUUGCAGUGUAUAUUCAUUGAGCCCACUGUUAUUUAAUUUGCUGUUUUUUUCUAUCAUUCUUACCUAAACCUGAGUAGCAAUUAGUUCCUUGAAUAAACUUCAAACAUUAUUUG